AUGGUUAUUCUCAUAACUGGCAGCACUGGUUACCUUGGCGGCCAGUUGGUCAAGGAAGCGUUCGCACGAGGCCACAGCGUCCGCGCCGCUGUGCGAACGGAGUCAUCAUUCAAGAAGCUCACUGAUCAGUUUCCUCAGUACGCAUCAAAGCUUUCACAUGUCGUCGUAUCUGACAUCACGACGCCAGAAGCAUUCGAGGGUGCAUUCGACGGCGUGGUCGGUGUUAUUCAUGCCGCUUCUCCCUUCAACCUAGAACCGAAGAACAAUGAGGAAGAUCUUCUCAAGCCUGCCAUUCGGGGCUCCGUAGCUAUACUCGAUGCUACAUUGCGAUACGGUAAAGAUGUUAAGCGUGUUGUCGUUACAUCAUCUCACGCCUCUGUCGCGGACGUUUCCAAAGGAAAGCGAGCUGGCUAUGUGUAUAACGAGAAGGACUGGAAUCCUAUUACUUACGAGCAAGCUGCUGACCCAGCCACUGACGGCGUGACGGCGUACUGUGCUUCAAAGGCUCUGGCCGAGCGCGCCGUUUGGAAGUGGGCUGAUGAGCAUAGCACCGCGCCCUUCGAUGUUGUUACGAUCGCCCCGCCGUGGAUCUUUGGGCCUUACGCCACGGAGCUGACAUCUACUGCUCAUAUAAGUGAAAGUGUCCGCCUGAUUUACAAUUUGCUAGGAGCCAAGGAAGUACCGGAAUUCGACUUUGGUGGAUAUGCAGAUGUCCGCGAAGUCAGUGCUGCCCAUUUGCUAGCCCUCGAAGUUCCUGCUGCUGGUGGACAGCGUUUCUGGGUUGGACAGUCUCUCCGGUGGCAGACCGUGGUAGAUGUCGCGCGAGAGCAGUUCCCCGAAUUGAGGUCAAGGCUGCCGGAAGGAAAGCCGGGAUGGGUAGAAGAUGCCUAUGGCGUGGAUGGCAGCAAAGCGGAAAGAGUGUUGGGUCUUAAGUAUCUGACAUUGAGGGAAACUAUCAGAGAUACCUUUGCUCAGUUGUUAUCUGCUGAAAGGGCUGAAGCUGCAGCAUAA